AUGCGAGCCUCGCCCGCUGCCGGCCCCGCCGGAACGCUGCCCCGCCGCUCCUCGGAAACAAAUCAGCCUCCGCGGCCGCAUCCCCUCGACGCUUCUGACUCCGAGCACCUCCCGAGGCGCAGCUCCCCAGGGACAGGAACCGUGCGGGGGGAGGGGGAGGAACGGGAGGCCCCGGGUAGUCCCGAGGUGGCGAGAGGGGACGGAGAAGCCCCGCGCAGCAGCCGCGGCGGAGGCGAGGCACGGCCGGCAGCCGCACGAUGGGCACCGCCGGGCUUCGUAGGAAACGCCACCCGCCUGCAGCAGCCGCCGCAGCUCCGAGAAGAGACAGCGCUCUCAGGAGCCCGACUUUCCCGGGGGCAGCCCCAGCACCGCGGCCGUGAGUGCCGCCGACCCGCGCCCACCUCCUCCCGUUACCCCCCAAGUACAGCCGGGCCGGCACUCAGCUCAGCCCACGCGGGGAAGGACCGAGAAACGGAAAAGAAAGGAUCGCAGCUCUCCUACCCGGCUCCGCUGACGGGGCCGCCGAGCUCCCGCGGUCCCGCACCGACAGCGCGUCCCCGCUGCAGGCUGCCCGGCGCCCAGCACGCCCCGCCUGGGGGCGGCCCGCCUCGGCCGCCUCCUCCCCUUCCUCCUCCCCUCCCCAGGGAAGCCCCGCCGCGGCAGAGGACGCCCGAGGACUUAGUCCCCGGCGCGGGCACUUCUCCGACCCGCCCUGUCCCAGAGGGUUUCACGGAGGUGCCCCGCUGCCGUUGCCGCCUCGGCAGCCCUCGGGCUCACCCUCGCACCCCCGGAACCGGUCCCAGCCGCCGCUCUCGGGUCCCGGAGGUGGAUGAACGCGAGCUGACAGCCUCGCGUACGUUGUAG